AGCGCGAAUCCAAGGCAGCCAAGCCCCAACAGGGACCCAAGGCACCGCAGAUCCCGCGCAAGCGAUGCACAGACAUGGCUGCAGCAGCCGGCCACGCCGACAGCAAUAUGCCAGGCAUUCCCAAGAGGCCGCUUCCCCCUCCUGUGCCAGUUCAAUGGGCCGAUGAAGACGCACUCUCGUUUCUCGAGCAUCUCUUACAGUACACGGAGACCAAUGCCACCGAACUCCGCACAUGGGAGAAGGAAAAUGCCGCCCGACGGGAAGCCAUCCGACUCCAACAAGAAGCGGAACAGGCAGCACGUCAGCAGGCCGCUGCCGAUUCUGCAGCAGCAGCAAGGCAACAGCAGCAGCAGCUCGACGCAAGUCAAACUCAGGCUCGGUUCCAGGCUGCCAUGAACCUUCUCAACGAAGAAGCCGCAUACGGCAGAGUACUUCGACAGCAGCACUUCCGAGCAACUGAGGAGCAAGAAGAACCAACCGAGGACGAGAGAAACAGGGAAACUACAGCAGUCUUGAUUGAGAACCUGCUGUACACGUGCAAUUGGCAACAACAGGAACUGUUGGCUAUGCGGCAGGUCCUCAUCCGCCAUGAAGGCAACUUCAAGGCAAUGGAUCAGAACAUCACUGCCCUGCAGGCCGACACCGGCAUGCUACAGGCCGCCGACAGCCAACAGCAGGCCAUCAAUGACCGACUGCAGGACUCCGUCGAUGCCGGGAUGGCACGACUGUCUGCAGUCGAGUCAACGGGCGGUGCAGUUUCAGACAGCAGCCCAGCUUUGGCCACUCAAGCCAAACAGCUCGAUGAGCGGAUCAAUCACAUCGUCGCAUCCCUUGGCGACAUCAACAAGUUUGCCGGAACCUCGACAGUCAGCAGUCAAUUGAAGAUGCUCAAUGAUCAAGUCCAGCAACGAGCGGCCGCCAAGGAAUGGAAGAUGCCGAACUUCAAGAUCGAGAAGUUCGACGAUUACCAUAAGACUGAUCCGCUGCAAUGGUGGAUGGCGUUUAAGGUGGAGGCCGACGUACAUCAUACUCCGCCCCUACGGCGGAUGGACGCAUUGUACGUCCAACUUAUAGGCGGGGCGCAACAAUUCAUGACGCACGUGGCCGUCACGCUAGAAUGUACCAUCGCCACCCUCCACACGAAGAUCACGUGGGAGGAGUUUGAAAAGAAGUGGAAGACCCGGUUCAUGGUGAACAACGACAAGCGUCACGCCUUGAACAAGAUCUUCCGCAUCUUCCAAGGCCAGCAACCUUCGCGGGAAUGGCUGACGGAGUGGCAAAGACUUGUCGCCACCCCGGAGUUGAACCUACCGUUCGACUCAAUCCGAGGCGAGUUCUUCGCCCGGUCUUGCGACGCCUUGACAGCUGCUCUCGGCAGCGAAUUCGAGUAUAAAAACUUUGACGACAUGAUCGCCAAAGCUAGAGAACAUAUACAAGGAAGUGCAACGACAACAUUUCCCAGUCCGCUGGAGUCGGCUGCCUUGCUAGCAGCCUCUCUCACAUCAGGGGACACCGCGGUAGUCGCAAGCUCUCGGAUUGACUUCGAGACUUAUGAUGUUGAGCUGGUCCCACUGCUGAACCAACCUCUCCACGUGCAAGAUUCAAGCGUAUGCGCGGCAGUUCCGCCGUCGGACAACGAACCGGUUGCUUCGCCAGCCCUUUUAUCGGAGGAUCCGUCAACUUGGACGAGACUUGAGGAUCUCGAUCCAUUGACAGUCGAGGACUUCCAAUGGUUGCCUCUUUCCUCCACCGGUUCCUUGCCAACUCCGCAUUGCAAUGCCCUAAUGUCACAUCUACGCGAAUACUUGCACGCUGCAGUACCACCUCCGUCGACAGACGGCGGAGUAGCGGUUGUUGACCUUCGUAACUAUCUUCCGAAGAUCGACCGCGAGUACGCAACGCAACGGUACUUCGACAACGACGCGCCGCUCCUCUACAUCCGCAUUCAGAUCGGAAAGGCGACCUGCAGUGCCUUGAUCGAUUGUGGAGCGACUCGCAACUACAUGAGCCAAGACUUCAUGGCACGCACCGGGCUCGGCCCGCCCGUUCGAAGGAAAAGUCAGCCUACGCACGUCACGUUGGCCGAUGGUCACACGCAAAAGUCAAUCGACCGAUGCGUUGACUCGGUGCCCGUGUACUUUGCCCCGCUAGCAAGCGAGGCCGUGUCUUUCGACAUAUUGAACACCAAGUUCGAAAUGAUCCUAGGCAUGUCGUGGCUGCAAAGCGAAGACCACCUCGUGAACUUCCAUCGCCGCACCGUUCACGUUCGUGAUCGGCGUGGCGAACUAGUUCCGUGUACGGUGCCGCUUCCUCAUCCUUCGAUUGGUUGUCACGUGGUAUCCGCGGCGAGCAUUCGCCAGUCCAUCCGGCGGAACGACAUUGAGGAGAUGGGCAUAUGUUUUCUUCACGCCCUCCCACCCGGUGAUCAGCCCAAGACGGAUACGUCGGACCCACGCAUCAUUGAGUUGUUGGACAACUAUGAGGAUGUCUUUCAAGCUCCCGCCGGAGUCAUACCGGAUUGGCCCAUUCGCCACGGGAUCACUCUCGAGGACGGCGCCGUACCUCCGCGCGGAUGUAUCUACCGCAUGAGCGAAGAGGAACUACAAGUGCUUCGGGCACAACUAGACGACCUCUUAGCCAGGGACUAGAUUCGCCCUAGUUGUUUGCCAUACGGUGCUCCCGUUCUUUUCGUCCGGAAGAAGAACAAGGACCUUCGUUUGUGCAUUGACUACCGAAAACUUAACGCGCAAACGAUCAAGA